AUGGCGGACGUGGAAAUGGAAGUCGACCAACCCGGGUCGCCUCCGGCGCGAAACGAAUCCGAGAUGCAGACGCAGACGAAAGCGACGGCCGUUCGCUCCAUCGAAGGCUGGAUUAUUGUCGUCACCAAUGUGCAUGAGGAGGCAGAUGAGGAGGUCCUGCAGGACAAGUUUGGCGAAUUCGGAGAGAUCAAGAACCUGCAUUUGAAUCUGGACCGCCGAAGCGGAUACGUCAAGGGCUACGCUCUGAUCGAAUACACGACCCUGGAAGAAGCGAGAGCUGCGAUCGAUGCCACAAACGACACCAAAAUGCUGGAUCAGACGAUAACGGUCGACUUCGCAUUCGUCAGGCCCCCUCCGGGCAAGGCUGGCCGAGGCGGCCGAGCUGGUGGCCGGCGGGCGCGCAGCCGAAGCAGAAGCCCUGCGCAGAAGAGGGGUGAGGAGUGA